AUGACAGGUCUUCGGGACAUCGCACCGCCGAGUUCUGGAGGAAAAGAAGUGACUUCAGAAUUCGACAGUCGACACAACGUAACGCGCUUGCAGUGCAAGUCUGUUUUUAGCCACGGCACUUGUAAGGCGCCUGCCAAAGAGAACGACAAUCGGGUCUAUCCCCAGGCGAAUGCUGCCGGCAAGCAUUCGCCCGGAGUCUAUCGGUGCAUCCAUGCCCCUCGCGUUGCGAUCCGCGCCGCACCGGCGGCCAACGCUGAGGUCUUGGACACAAUCCGCCCUGGGGAUCUGGUCCGUGUAGCCGAGAUCGAAGCUGGGCACUGGGCCCGCUUGGACGACGACGAGGUCUGGGCUCGCUGGACAAUGAACUGGCCGCGCUGGCCCAAAGGUGUGACGGAGGACGGCGAGGAUAUCGGUGCUGGUGCUGCCAACAAGGCGGCUGUUCCCACGGCGGCUUACAUUCUCAUUGAUGGCACGCAGGUUGGCUUGAAGACGCAGCUGAUUGAGCGGCUUCCUGAUGACGAGGCGGAGAAGGCGCAGUGGCCUUUCGGCAAGGCCCUCGAGCACCACUGUGCCGAGGUGAACGCGGCCUAUCAGCGCCAGGUCCCGGAGGCAGCCAAGGCCUUGCGGCAGAGGUUUGUGGAUGCUGCGCUCAAAUACGUCGGCAUCCCCUAUCACCGAAGCUACCACGAUCCUGCCAGUGCGAAGUGCAAGCCUGGCAGCAAGCUCAAGGAUGCACCCCUCUUUUUGGAUAACAUCCAACUUGUGCAGAAGGUGGUCGAGGACCUCAAGCAGGAGUUUGGCUUCUUGCUGAUCUCGAACUGCAAGCCUGUGCACUGCCGCACCACGCUGCCCAUCUCUUUUGAGGAUCCAGCCGACUGCGAACCCGGGGACCUCAUCUUUCACGAGGAACUCGACGUGGAAGGGGCGCCGUCCGGGCGGAUCUCGCAUGUGGAGAUCUUCAUCGGCGGCGCCACUGGCCGCGAGUCUCUGGGCUCCAUGCCCUGGAAUGCGCAUCCGCGAACGCAGGAGAAGGACGGCGUGCAGAUCUUCGAGGACUACAGGAUCGCCAAAGAGACGGGAAAGGUGGACUACCGUCUCCACUGCCAUUCCAUCCGCACCUGGCUGCUGUCAGAGGAGCGAUGGCCGUCCACGCAGCAUAUGAUGAAUAGGCCCAGAGGCCCACCUCCAUUCCCACUUCGUUUGCCUGCGCCCGCUCGCUCCUCGCAGCCGAUUGUGCACAAAGCAGCCGACGCAGCCGACGCCGCGCUUGUGCAGCAGAGAGUGCUGGGUUCCUGCUGCUCGGUACCAGACCUUCCAGACCCAAGCUUUGUACGUGCUAGCAACGAUGCUUCGGCGGCCUCUUCACAUUUGCAACUGCAGCAAAUGUCAUCUUCCUACUUUGUUGGAUGA